AUGUAUUCCCGCCAAUACAAUAUCUACCGGGUCUCUGUCUAUCUCUCCAUGGAGGAGUGGGAGUAUCUAGAAGGACACCGGGAUCUCUACAAGGACGUGGUGAUGGGUGCAACACAUAAUGAUAUUAAAGAGGAAGAAGAAGAGACGUUGGUGGGAGGAGCUCGGCAGUCUACGGAGGAGGGGGAGAUGAUUCUGGAAAAUAAACAGGAGGAAUCUUCUCUACAAUACAGCAGUCAUUUUGGUGAUAGUCACCAUCUGCUGUACCCUGGAUUUGACCUCUUGUGGAAUCAGGACGGACACUGUGCCGGGAACAGGAAUACCUCUGAGGGACAUCUUAUGUUAUCUCCAGAAUAUAAUGACCUCAAACAUUCUCCGGGAGUGAAUCCCAUUACUCAUAAUAGACAUCACAGACCUUCCCAUUCAGAGACAUCAAUGGAUCCCUCUAAUCCUGAGGAAUAUUCUGAUCAAUCACAGACUGUUACUCCAGAUAUCCAUCUGAGAUCUCAGAGUGCUGAGAGAUCAACAGAUCCAUCUAAUCCUAAGGAAUCUUCUACAAGCCAUGAAGGAGAUCACACAGGAGAGAGUUCAUUGUCAUGUUCAGUGUGUGGGAAAUCUUUCACAGAAAACAAAGACUUUCUUACACACCAGAAAAGUCAUACAAGUGAGCGUCCUUUCUCAUGCUCAGAGUGUGGGAAAUGUUUCACUUUAAAAGGAAACCUUGUUAGACACCAAAGACGUCACACGGGUGAUCGUCCAUUCUCAUGUGCAGAGUGUGGGAAAAGUUUCAGUGAGAAAAGAUGCCUUCGUAGACAUGAGCAAACUCACACAGGUGAGCGUCCCUAUUCAUGUCCGGUGUGUGGGAAGCGUUUUGCUGAUAAGGGAAACCUUCUUCUGCACCAUAGAACUCACACGGGUGAGCGUCCUUAUUCAUGUUCAGAGUGUGGAAAGUGUUUCACUGAUAAAGUAAAACUUCUUCUGCACCAGAGAAUUCACACAGGUGAGCGUCCUUUUUCAUGUUCAGAGUGUGGGAAAAGUUUUAGUCAAAAAGGAAAUCUUGUUAAACACCAGAGAAGUCACACUGGCGUGCGCCCUUUUUCGUGUUUAGAGUGCGGGUUUUCUUUCACUGCGAAAGGAGACCUUCUUAAUCACCAGAAAAGUCACACGGGUGAACGUCCCUUUUCAUGCUCAGUGUGUGGAAAAUGUUUCAUUUUGAAAAAGACACUUCUCACACACCAGAAGAGUCACACUGGUGAGCGUCCUCAUGCGUGUUCAGAGUGUGGGAAAUGUUUCACUUUGAAAGGAAGCCUUGUUAAACACCAGAGAAGUCACACAGGUGAACGUCCUUAUUCCUGUUCAGCAUGUGGGAAAUGUUUCACUUACCAAGGAGGCCUCGCUGCACAUCAGAGAACUCACACAGGUGAGCGUCCUUUCUCCUGUUCAGACUGCGGAAAAUGUUUCACUGAGAAAGCAAAACUUCUAAUACACCACAGAAGUCACACGGGUGAGCGUCCUUUUCCGUGCUCCGUGUGCGGAAAAUGUUUUAUUGAGAAAAGACAGCUUGUUCAGCAUCAGAGAAUUCACAAUUAUGAUGGACUCCAUAUUCUCACAGUCAGUAUCUUCCUCAGUGAUAUGAAGGUCGUCAUCAUCAUCAUCAGUGACUUCCAGCGUCCAACCAAUGUAAGGGAAGCCACGUCUGUGCUGAAGGACAUUGGACUCUUCCGUACUCCUGUUCUCCUUCAGCAGAUCUCCCGCCUCUUUCUUGAUUUGAACACUUAUAGGAAGAUCUCUACUUUAAAUCUGGAGAGAAAACGGGGCUCGUCCAUGCUUCUGUUUCACCCUGCUGGGCAAUGGCUGGAACUUUAUUUAGAGAACGAUAUUGAGGAACGCACCGAGGAAUCGGCUCUGAAAAUACUAAAGAACAACGUGAGCUGCAGAUUUUAUAUUCUCCUCAGGGAGCCUCGGUCAUGUGAUCCUGAGCACCAAUCACAGCACAGAUGCCCCCAGACCUAUUUUGGUGGGGUUGGCCGUCGGGGUGACAUCAAUGUCCUGAGGAGGAAUGUCCGGAAUAGAUCAUCAAUAAGGAUGGACGAGGACCAAAGUCACAUGACUGAGAGGAUAUUAGACCUCACCCUAGAGAUCAUCUACCUGCUGACCGGAGAGGAUUAUAAGAUAGUGAAGAAAGUAUCUGGCGAGCCGAUAACACCCAACAGAUGUCUUCAGAGGACAUCAACCAUCACAGAGCCUCCACCUCACUGCCUGACAUUUGAGAGAAAAGUGACGAUUCUUGAAGUCACCAAGAAGAUGAUGGAUCUGCUGGCGGGAGAGAGUAAAGAAGUUAAAGAUUCAUUCCUCAAUAUAACGUAUAAACGGAUCUGUAACAUGAUUUUUGGAUCUUUCUCUCCUACAGAUGGACUCUGUGCCGGGAACAGGAAUACCUCUGAGGGACAUCUUAUGUUAUCUCCAGAUUAUAAUGACCUCAAACAUACUCCAGGAGUGAAUCCCAUUACUCAUAAUAGACAUCACCGACCUUCCCAUUCAGAGACAUCAAUGGAUCCAUCUACUCCCGAGGAACCUUCUGACCAAUCACAGACUGUUACUCCAGAUACACAUCUGAGUUCUCAGAGUGCGGAGAGAUCAACAGAUCCAUCUGAUCCCAAGGAAUGUUCUACAAGUCAUGAAGGAGGCCACACAAUAGACAGUUCAUUGGCAUGUUCUUUAUGUGGUAAAACUUUCACUUUGAAAAAAUACCUUAUUAGACACCAGCAACGUCACACAGGUGAGAGUCCUUUCUCAUGCUCAGAGUGCGGAAAAUGUUUCAGUGAGAAAAGAUGUCUUCUUAAACACGAGAGAAGCCACACCGGUCCCCAUUCAUGUUCAGUGUGUGGGAAGAUAUUUGCUAAUAAAGGAAACGUUGUUCUGCACGAGAAAAAGCACACGGGGGAGCUCCCCUAUUCAUGUUUAGUGUGCGAGAAAGGUUUCACACACAAAGGACUCCUUGUUGCACACCUGCGAGUGCAUACAGGCGAGCGUCCUUUUUCAUGUUCAGAGUGCGGGAAAAGCUUUAGUCAGAAAGGAAACCUCACUAAGCACCAGAGAAGUCACACGGGUGAGCGUCCUUUUUCCUGUUCAGAGUGUGGAAAGUCUUUUUCUGUGAAAUCAGAUCUUCUUAAUCACCAAAGGAGUCACACGGGUGAGCGUCCUUUUUCAUGCUCAGUGUGUGGGAAAUGUUUCUUUCUGAAAAAGACACUUCUUACACACCAGAGAAGUCACACGGGUGAGCGUCCCUAUUCGUGCUUAACCUGUGGCAAAUGUUUCCUCCACAAAGUAAACCUUGUUGUGCACCAGAGAAGUCACACGGGUGAGCAUCCUUAUUCAUGCUCAGAGUGUGGAAAAUGCUUCGCUGAUAAAGUAAAACUUCACCUGCACCAGAGAAUCCACACAGGUGAGCGUCCUUACUCAUGUUCAAUGUGUGGGAAAUGUUUUAGUCAAAAAGGAAACCUUGUUAAACACCAGAGAAGUCACACGGGUGUACGCCCUUUUUCAUGUUUAGAAUGUGGGAAUGCUUUCAUUGUGAAAGGAGACCUUCUAAAUCACCAAAAAAGUCACAGGGGUGAGCGCCCUCACGCAUGUUCCGAGUGCGGGAAGUGUUUCACUUUGAAAGGAAGCCUUGCUAAACACCAGAGGGUUCACACAGGCGAGCGUCCUUAUUCAUGUUUAGUGUGUGGGAAAAGUUUUAGUCAAAAAGGUAACCUUGUGAAACACCACAGAACUCACACGGGCGAGCGUCCUUUUUCAUGCUCCGUGUGUGGAAAAUGUUUCAUUGAGAAAAGACAACUUGUUAAGCACCAGAGAAUUCACAAUUAG